UUAAAAAAAAUGAUAUGCGUCACACUCUCUCUCUAACAAUAAUUUGAAAAGCCAAAGAGUUAAUGUGAUGACAAUAUUAGAUAGCUAGGUCAAAAUGCAUGCAAUAUCCAUUUGAGGAAGAAGAAGCUCAAAUUACUGAACUAAUCAUGGACGAAGAUUACAUAGGUGAAUUUGAUGCAACGCUACUAGAAGAUGAAAAUCAAACUGAAAACCCCGAAUUCCCUAAAUUCAACGAAUCAACAAAGUUCGGUCACGUAAAUCUUGAAUUAGGAAUGUUAUUCACAAACCUACAAAGUUUCAAAACAGCAGUGAAAGAUUACAAUAUCCAUUUAGGAAGAGAAAUUAAAUGGAUGAAAAACGAUAAAACUAGAGUUAGGUCAAAAUGCAAGCAACAUCAAUGUUGUAAUUGGGAAAUCUAUUGUAGUUGGAGUGAAAUGCAUAAAUGUUUUCAAAUCAAGACUUUCGUUUCAGAACACACGUGUGAUAGGGUUUUGAAGAAUAAACAAGUUGACAAGAACUGGAUUGUUGAGAAAUUGGAGGAGAAGAUUAGAAUGAAACCUGGAUUUAGUCGACGCGAAGCGCAUGAGUAUUUCAAGGAAGAAUUUGGGGUGGAUAUCCAUGAUUUGAGGAUUUUUAGGGCUUUGAAAAGUGUUAGGGAAUUGGUUUUUGGUAGAUCGAAAAAGCGUAGGAGAGACGAAGGGAAUGAGGAAUCUGCAAAUGUUGUAGAUAAUGAUAAGCUAGCUAGAAAGUUCAAGCGUCCUGUAAAGGUUGCAAAACCCCAAGUUGAUGCUGCACAAGACAAUGGUGCCCAAGUUCCUCAACCUGUCCAACGCGUGACUAAGACCAAGAAGGCAAAACUCGUGGCUAGAAAGCCUGAUCUCAAUAAAGUAAGAAGGAGUGCAAGAAUUUUUGGUGGAACAUUCAAGCGUGAUGGACCUGGAUGUGAUGAAGCAGCUCCAAUUGUGAUUUCUGAUAAUGAUGAUAGUGAUGGUUACUUAACUCAAGAGGUGAAUCCUAAAGAUGGAACAUGUUUAGGGAUAGUAAGAAAAUUGCCUUGAAACAUUGUAGCUUUAUGUAACACCUUUUGGAUUAAGCAUUCUGUUUUGACGUAAGGCAAUGAUCUUUGUUGUAAGGCAAAGAUCUUUAUGUCUUUUUGGAUUAAAUAUUAUGAACCCCUACUUUUAGAUAAGACUGGUUCUUUUGUUGUUAAUGGAUGAACAACAGUAAUUCUGAUUAAUGAAACAACAUUAUGAUUAUGGUUCA